AUGGCACUCCUCUCGUCGACGCUCCUCCUGCGCACGCACAGCCUGACCCUCCUGACCAUCGCCUUCUACCUCGUGUUCUCGCCGGGACAAAUCCUCAACGCCACGCCGGUAUGGCUCCUGGGCGAGAGCAUGAGCGUCCGGCCCGCAUUGUUCGCGCCGCAAGAGAUCCCCAAUGAUCCAUCUCCAUCCUCCCUGCCCAUCCUCCCGGGCUCACGACAGCGAAACGCCCCGUCCUCAGCAGGAUCGCUACCGUUCUCAGCGGUGGGACAGAACAACAGCACUGGUCAACGGGAAGUCCUCGCGCUGCUGGCGCUGGUCGUGGCGGGCUGGGCGUUCAUGCAGUUCGUGUUCGCGGGGGAGUUGGCUGUGCUCGCGGCGCCGAACACGGCGACGACCACAACACAGAAACAGUCUUCUUCUUCUUCUACUCCUGCUGCCAUGUCCUCUCCCAGACAGCCACAAUCGUCGACAUCGUCUCGUUACGGCGAGGAGCUGCACACGCUGUACGCGGCGCAGUCGCGGUGGCUGACGUUCGCGGGCCUGCGCAUGCUGGGAUCCGCGGGGCUCGUGGCGUGGAUCUACGUGUUCCACUCGCACAACAGGUCCAGCUUUGCGCCGCUCUCGUCGACGACUCCUUUGACGGGGACGGCGCUGCUGGCGAACCGAGUCACGUUCACGGCUGCGUUGUCGGAUAUGCUGUUCUGGGGAUAUUUCUGGACCGUCGUCAAGGAGGAGACCAGACUCGUCGCGCAGAAUGUCGCGAGGAUGAGAGAGGCUGAGGAUCAUGAGUGA